AUGGGAGAAGGCAGCAUGGAAUUAAGACAUUACCUGAGUGUAGCUGACUAUGCAGUAAUCACUGUAUUUCUACUCCUUUCUGCUGCUAUAGGCAUCAAAUUUCGACUUUCUGGUAAUCGGCAACAGACCGUACAAGAGUAUUUAUUUGCAGGGAAAAACAUGUCUACAUUGCCCGUUGUUCUCUCAAUCACCGCAACUCUUACAGCAACUGGAACUAUGAUAUCCACGCCAGCAGAAGUCUACAGAUAUGGUAUUCAAUACGUGAUUAUGUCAUUUGGCACAGCUUUUGGCAUGUAUUUGUCCUCUCAUUUAUAUGUGCCGGUGUACUUUCAAUGUGGUGUGUCCACAGCUUAUGAGUUGCAGGGAGGUUUAAAAGCCGUUUUAUGGACCGACGUUCUUCAAGCAAUGCUCAUGUACACAUGCGUGAUAGCUUUCCUCUCGGCUGGGACUGUAGACACGGGUGGUGUUUCGAAGAUUUAUGAGCGUGCAGUUGAAGGAAAGAGAACGAAUUUAUUUAAAGCUCUACAGAUUAGUAUUUUGCCGAUACUCCUUCUACAUGUAAUGUGCAACUUAGCUGGUCUCAUGUUACCCUAUUACAUUGUGAAUCGAUUCAGUUCUUAUCCAGGUCUCACUGGUCUGUGCUUCUCCGGAAUAUUUAGUGGAUCUCUUAGCACAGUUUCAUCCGCCUUGAACUCGCUGUCUACUGUCACUGUAGUAGACUAUAUCCAACCACUUUUUCCAGGAAUGACUGAAUCUAAAAAGGUUUUUCUGGCAAAACUUUCAUGUUUUCUGUACGGCAUAUUAGGUAUCGGAAUCACAUUUAUAUUUCUCAAUGUUCAGAGUCUAAAGCAGUUUUUUACCUCUAUAUCGGUGUAUGACGGUUCGAUACUUGCUGUUUUCUUGAUUGGUAUUCUUACUCGAAAAGCAGAUGACAAUUGCAUAAUCUUUGGAACAGUUUUGAGUGUUCCCAUCAUUGCUUGACUGUCAUUUGGAAAUUUAUUCAGUGGUUACAAAGAACCUCCUUUAGCUCUGAAUAAUCGUUUAUCAUCCUUUAAUACAUCAAGUCAAAUGCUUAAUUUCACCACAAGCUGUGUUGAUGAAAGUACAAAUAUCUCAGAGUUCCAGACAACCAACAUUUUACCUACAUA